GGCAUCCUGAACGCCACGUCUCGGUUGCGCGGCGCGUGCCCAGGAUCAUAGCUCUUUUCAGUUUCGGUUGCGCUCGCCGGACCAGUUGUGUCUGACGCGCAACAGAGCAGAAACGGCACUCACCGGGAGCACGAAAGAUGGCAGUCUCCAUGGCGUCCCCGGUGUGUCUGGUUGAUAACGGGCCUGACGGGUGCAUGCGUGUCCAGCAGGAGGCGCUGCAGGUGCUGGAGCAGAUCCAGCAGCCGGUGGUGGUGGUGGCCGUGGUGGGGCUCUACCGCACGGGCAAGUCCUACCUCAUGAACCGGCUGGCCGGCAAACACACAGGGUUUGCUCUGGGCAGCACCAUCGAGUCCAAAACCAAAGGAAUCUGGAUGUGGUGUGUACCUCACCCCUCUAAACCAGGACACACUCUGGUGCUGCUUGACACAGAAGGACUUGGAGAUGUUGAGAAGGGCGACGAGAAACAUGACACGUGGAUCUUCUGUCUGGCUGUUCUACUCAGCAGCUCUCUGGUCUACAACAGCAUGGGCACCAUCGACAACACUGCCCUGGAGAAACUGCAAUAUGUGACGGAACUGACAGAGCACAUCAAGGUGAAGUCCAGCGGUUAUGACCAGGCCACGGAGCUGAUGCGUGUGUUCCCGUCCUUCGUGUGGACGGUCAGAGACUUCACCCUGGAGCUGAUCAUGAACGGCAAACCCAUCACUGCUGACCAGUACCUGGAGAGUGCCCUGAAGCUCAAACCAGGCCACACUGCUGAGAUCUCGAGGCACAACCAGGUGCGUCAGGGCCUGAGGGAUUUCUUUGCUGAGCGCCGCUGCUUUGUGUUCGAGCGUCCGGCCAACACCAAGAAGAUGCAUCGCAUGGAGGAGCUGACGGACGCAGACCUGGAUAGCGACUUUGUGGAGGCAGCCAAGGAGUUCUGCAGCCACAUAUUCAGCAGUGCCAAGCCCAAAACCAUGAGGGGCGGCCUGGGGGUCACCGGCAGGAUGCUGGGCAGCCUGGCAGAGACGUAUGUGGAGGCGAUCCGCAGUGGGCAGGUGCCCUGUCUGGACAGCGCUGUGGAGUCUCUGGCGCUAAUCCAGAACGGGCGCGCCGUGGCAGAGGCGCUGGAGUUCUACCAGAGAGAGAUGGAGCGCGGGGUGCGCUUACCCACCGAGACACAGGAGGCGCUGUCUCAGAUCCACUCUGCUGCAGAGAAACAGGCCGUUCACAUCUUUGUCAGCGGAUCCUUUAACGACCAAGAACACAAGCACCAGAUCGAGCUCAUGACGAUCAUGCAGGAGCGGUAUGAGGAGUGGUGUCGGCGCAACGUGCUGGAGUCGCGGCGUGUGUGUCGAGGCGUCCUGUCCCGCGUGUGUGCUGCUCUGGACGAGGCCGUGGUGGGGGGGGCGUACACGCGGCCGGGGGGGUACGAUGCCUACUGCGGAGACCUGAAGGAGGCCACACAACUCUACAGAGCAGAACAGGGCACUGGACUACUGAGAGAGGAGGUCCUGACGGAGUAUCUGAAGGAGAAGAGUGCCGUUGGAGAGAACAUCCUGUCAGCUGACCGCUCCCUGACUGAAGCCCAGCAGAGGAUGGAAGUGGAGAAGAUGAGGCGAGCGGAGGCGGAGCAGCAGAGGAGGCUCCUGGAGGAGCACAACCGCAUCCAGCAGCAGGCCAUCCAGGACCAGCAGAGGAGCAACCAGGAGAACAUGCGGCAGAUGGAGGCCAAGAUGGAGGAGGAGCGGCUCAGAGCCAAGGAGGAGCUGGAGCGUGUGGUCUCCGCUAAACUGAAGGAGCAAGAGAACUCUCUGAGCGAGGGCUUUAAGGAGCGCGCUGGACAGAUGCAGGCGGAGGUGGACAAGCUGAAGCAGGAGCAGCAGCAGAGGCAGCAGCAGGCGCAGCAACAAGGCUCCUCCUGGCUGGACACCACAGCGGACGUGCUGGAGAGUGGCGGGAUGGCAGCCGCCCUUGUUCCCGGCUGGGGGCUCGCAGGACUGGGCUCUAUGGUAGUGGGGAAGGUCCUUCGCUGGCUGAAGUAGGAACUUGGGCAGGCAGAGUCCUCCACCGAUUAAACUGGGGACUACUUGAGAUUAGUACAAGUUAUAUAUACCUCUAUUUUUGACAGUUCUCAGUUUAUAUAUUAUAUAUUUCUAAUACCGUAGAGUCAUAUGUAGAACCACAAGUGUUAUUUGAUUGUCAUUUUGUUCACUUUUCUAAUCUGAAAUAAACCGACAUCACUCCUG